AUGACGAAUUUUGUUGGGCGAGGGGCGGCGGGCCGUGUGAACGCGGCUCGGUUGUACGCCUUCAACAAGACGCUCAAAAAGGACGCACUGCGGGAGCGCACCUACUGGGAAGAGAACAAGGACACGCACCCCGUUAACCGCUGGUCCUACCGCCGUUGGAAGGAGCGCAGUGAGGAACUGUCCAUGUUCGAGGACAAGCUGAGCAAGGUGCCGGUGGAUCAGAAGUUCAAAAUCAAGAAGCUUCUCACCGUCGCCAACAUUUCAAUCAUCGGCCCCAUUGUCUUGGUUGUGUACUUCACAUUUUGCUACUUUCGAUACCGCUGGUGGGGCAUUACGCCGGUGGACGGCGCUAGCGCCAUCGCACGCGGCAUUCAGAACCUUCCGCGGCCACCAGGCUACUGA